AAGUCCUAUAAAAUGCCGUUCAGCUGUUUGAAUGUUUCUACAGCAAUUGUCCUCUCGCAAAUCUAAUAUCUACCAAAAUAAAUUUAACUUCCAUCUAUUGAAUCAACUAUGUGCACGAAAUAUAGGACCACGUACAAGUAUUCUGGAGGUGAUUGCACGGAAGCAUGCGACGAAAUCAAGUACACCGCUGAUCCGUGCGACGAGAAACCUGCCAGCGGUAUUCGACACUGCCACAGGUAUAAGAUGAUACAUUCUGGAUCGACUAGGAGAAAAGGUCCUCGUUCUGGACAUAAUCACGGCGAGCAAGGCGGAAGCUCCAGCUCGACUUAAGCAGGUUGGUAUAAAACGAAAGCUGAACUUGAUUACCUGCUGAUAUGAUUCUCAAAGAUGCACCAUCUACGAGAAGUCAAAUGAGAUGCCGUUAAAGCCC